GGUUACCAUGACUAGGCCGCAAAGCCUGGAAGGGGGUGGAACGUAGGGACGGGGGAAAAGAGGCUUGCAUUUCCGGUUCCGGUGUCACGGCUGUCCAAUUUGGGAAGGCCCGGGGCUGGAACAAGCUCCGUAAAGGAUGUCCCAUCACUUGAAGUUUGUCGCCCGGACUGUGAUGGUCCCCAAUGGCAAUGUGGAGGUGGCCUAUCGUGUUCUCAACAGGAUCCUGACCAUGGAUGGCAUCAUCGACGAGUCCAAGCGGCGUCGGUAUUACGAGAAGCCGUGCCGCAGGAGGCAGCGGGAGGCAUACGAGGCGUGCCGCAGGAUCUACAAUGCAGAAAUGGCCCGGAAGAUCAGCUUCCUCUCGCGCAAGAAUCGGCAGGACCCUUGGAUGGGUUGCUGAGGUCCAAAAGGGUUUCCGCAGCAAAGACGUAGCAACGCAUUCCUCCGACGGCGUUGUUUCUGAACUCCCUCUGAAUAAGCAGAGAAGGCAGGAGCUGUGCUUCUCCUUUUCAGCAGAUAUAUCUCUAAGACUGGUUCUCCAUUUUUGUGAACAUUCUGAAAAAUUAUGAUGCCGAUAAAUCCUCUUCUAGAGGUCAAUAAAAAGUGGCUUCAGUUUUAAAACGA